AUGAAUCAACCAAAAAUGAUAGAAAAUGAAAAAGAUCUUGAUUGUUAAGGGAAACACAAAUUGCCUAUAUCCAUGGUUGUCUUAGAUCCUAAACUAAGAUCAAAUUAAAGACUUCUAUGUUAAUAAUGCAUUGAUGAUUAUGAAACAGACGCCAAGACUAUAGGAUUUAAAAAAGUUAUUUAGAUGCUUGAAGAUAAUAGAAAAAAAUUAUUAGAAACCUUAGAGGUUAUAAUCAAAUAAAAUAUUUAAAAUGUUGAGUUAUUUUAAACUCAAGUCUAUAAUUUGAAGUCAAAUCUUAUUCAGUAAUUAGAUCAUAUGAUUGGUAAUACAAAGGAUUGGAUAUCAAACUUAUAAUCCGCAGGUUCAAAGUAUAGAGAGUAUAGUUUCUAUGAAGAGUUAGAUUCAAUUGUAAUGAAUUAAUCAUCAGCUUAUAAGGAUCAGAUUAAUUUAUCAAAUCAAAUUAAUAUGCUAUAUGAUACUUGGAAUACAAAAAUUAAUUCAAAACUAGAAAUAUUUAAAUCAUUUCAAGAAUAUAAAAAAUGUAAAGACAUAUUGAACAAUCUAACUCAAUAAUCUUAACGUGUAGAAUAAAUAAGCUCAAAUCCAACUAUUAAGUAAAAUAUCCCUUAAGAUAAGAAGUAAUACAAUUUAGUCACUAACAAUUUAGUGGUUUAAUAAUACUUAAGUCCAAGUAAGUUAGAAUUUAUUUAUAAUUCAAUUAAGCAACAUGA